AUGCGUUUCUCCACCAUUGCCACCGCUGUCAUCGCCGCCGGCGUUGCCAACGCCCAGGUCGACUCCAUCAUCUCCCGUGUCACCUCUGCCGUAGGCGGUGUCCCCUCUGACAUCGGCUCCGUCGUCAGCUCCAUCACCUCCGACAUUGGCUCUGGUGUCGCAUCCAUCACCAGCGACGCCGCUUCUGGUGCUUCAUCCAUCGCCUCUUCCAUCGAGAGCGACGCCUCCUCUGUCCUCAGCAGCCUUGCAUCUGAGGCCUCCACUGCUACUGGCUCGCGUGCCUCUGAGAUCGCAUCUGCUACCAGCGCUAUCGCCAGCCGUGCUAGCUCUGCUAAGUCUGCUGCCAGCUCUGCCGCUGCCAGCUCUACUGGUGCCGCCGACUACAACAACGUCCCCGCCAUGGGUGCCGUCGCUGGUGGUCUCCUCGCCAUCGCUGGUCUCUUGUAA